UUGGAGUUGAUACCAUUUAUUUCGGAGACUCAUUUGCUUCAACAACUUACAUGAAAUUUACAACUAAUGCGUGAGAGAGUUUCAGCCCUGCCUGGCAAGCCAACGUUCUUCGUCGGUGGUUUCCAUGCAAGCUGAGUUUUCGAUUAGGAUGUCUUUGGUUGUGGUAGUAUGGAGGAGACGAGGCAUCCGGGUUAGAACCCUAACGAUUUUCUUCGUGCAAGCCGGAGUUCUUCAGGGGAGUCACCGUUUAUGUCUUCCAGCACUUUUGCCGGACGACAGGCAUUCUUGUAAAUGUCAUGGCCAAAUACCAUCUGUUGUUUGUCUACGGAACUCUCAAACGAGGGCAGCCCAAUGCUGAGCAGUUUGGUCCCGAGAAUGGUGUCGCAAAAUACUUUGGCCAGGCCCGGACUGUGCAGAAGUGGCCGCUCGUGAUAGCAUCACAGUGCAAUAUUCCAUAUCUUCUGGAUAUGGAGGGGAGUGGCAAUAACGUAUUGGGUGAAAUAUAUGAAGUGGAUGACGAGAUGCUGCAGCACUGUGACUUCUUUGAGGGGUGCCCUGGCUACUAUCAGCGGACCAGCAUUCGGGUACAGCUCACUGAAGACAGCACAGGGUCAAGGGUCAAAGGAGACACGGAGGAGGUUUGGGUGUACAUCCUACAAGACUUCAAAGACCACUUGCUGGAGUUACCGCAGUAUGAAUGUUAUGACAGCUAUGGUGCUCACGGGCUGGUUUACGUGUCAAUGUAUGAGCGACUCAGGAACAGUACUGAUCACAAAGCGGAAGUUAAGAAGAGUGAAGCUCAGGGGGUUUCUCUGCAGUAAGCAACCAACGGCAGCUCUGUUGAUUUCCAAUUUGGUUCAAAAGUGACUCAGAAUCAUUGGUGUGGACUAAAAAAUGACAGUGAAACUCUUAAAUGAAUUAAUCCAAACCGGGUUUUUAAACUUUGUGCGACUUAUUGUAUUUCUUAAUCUUUCAAAGUAUACAGUUAGAUGGAUGGAGUUAUCUUCAGGUACCUCCUCUGUUUAACUGAUACAAGACAUUCAACUUUGUAUCUCAGGACAUUAAAAUAGAAUUGUAGCAGAGCUAUGAUGACCCCUGGUUACUUGAUUAAGUAUUGUACUCCAAUGCCCUGCCGCUAUUCAGAGUGUAAACCCAAAUUCAUGAAAUUGUAGAUUUUCAUUUCACAGCUCAUUAAAUACAUAUAAGUUAAGUCCAUACAGAAUGCAUGCUCUUUCAUCUUUCUCCUUAGAAAUCAACAUAUUGUUCUGUCUUGUAAUGUAAAAAUGCCAUUCGUUUUGUUUUUCUUCCAAUAGCAUUGAUGAUAUAUCAAGUCCUGAUGAAAUCUAGCUCAGCAGUAUGGCAUUUGAACUAAGAAACAGGAUUAAGCGUAAACCUUGCCUUUCAGUGGAUCAAGUUAAAAAGUUCACCCUUGUGGAGUUUAGUGGGCAGCAAAGUGGGCUGCCUCUGUGCUUUGAGUUGAAAUACCUCCUCGUCGCCAAGGACUUGAGAUCGUGGGGAUCAUUUUGAUAGGGCCAAAGACUAUACAGUUGACAGAUAUUGGUUAUGUGUGCUCAGUGAUGAAAGCCCACGCCAUCACCUUGAAUGAAACCCACAUUGUACCAACCUUGCCAUUUUUGUGUUGACCUGAUGGUUCUACACAAUGUAGGUUGGGUGAACCUUGUAUGGACUAAGCCAGGUCCGCACAAGGUUUUCUCCCACCCUGAAAUACAAGUUCAGAGGUAUUUUUGGUCAAGGAAGGUUAUCAGUAGCAAAAGGACAGGGAACAGUUUAAAGGGUACCUCCAAUCAACUUGGUUUAACACAAGCCUUCUAAAUGCACCUUUGUAUCUCAGUUAACCUUAGUUUCGACCUUUUUUUUUACUAUUUCAAAGGGUAGUAAGGGUAUUUUACUGCCUUUUUUAUUAUUAUGCUGAGUAUUUUCAUAUUCAUGAGCAAAACUGUGAUGUCAUCCCAAGAAGAAAGCCUCAGUGUUACAUUUGUUUGUUAAGAGGUGAGCAUUAUGAAAGACCAGAACUGUCUUGUGUACUCAAGAAAUUUCUAGCAUUCUGCUAGUUCACCUUUUCAGAAAGUAAGAACUUUCUGGUGCAGUAAUUUCUGGAAGAUAUAGAAAACCUAAUAUAAAGGCAGGACUAUGAGACUAUGGCUGGACCCAUGAUCUGCUGGGGACUCAUCUGUGGAGCAAUUGGAAAAGUGCACCUUAAUUGACUGAGGGAGCAUUUUGAGAGCUAAAUUCAAUUCCAAAAAGGACAUUUUUCUGAACCGUAUUUUGAGGUUGCUUAUUGCUCAUUACAUGUAUCUUCUUGACGGGAACCAGCUUGCAUCCCGUGCUAUUUCGUCUGCUUCUAGCCAUUUGUUGGAGGUGAAUUCAUCUCAGUCAAUCUGCCCCGAGCUGAAGUGCACCCCCAAUCAGCCAAAGAAAGACAUGUGGUUACAAGCAGGUUCUUGCAUGCAUUCUGCGUGUGAGAAAAGACCAUACAUGCCGUAAUAAAUUAGUUACACGUACACUGUUCUCAGCGUAAACGCGCAUAUAAUUGCAUGCCUCAUGAAGCAUCUAUGUGGCGAGUACCAAAAAAAUGCCCUCCUCUGUUCCGCUCACCAUCCUUGGAGGAGUCUGUUGCAGAGCCUACCCAAAUCAUCACCCGUAAGAUCUUAUAUUUACAUGUAGUUAUGUAAGAUCUUUUCUUUAUCUUUCUUUUCAUUGUCACUUGAAAUAUUUAUAUUCUUAUUAAUCAAUCAAAUUGUUUCCUUUUUAUAUUAGUGGGAUCUUGUUUUCUUUGUUGCACCUGAGAGAAGUCAGGCUUUUGGGUCAUUCAAGAUCAUUGACAGUUUGCAGAGUCUGGAUAGUUUCAGUAUUUGUGUAAGACAAGUUUCAACAUGAAUUCAGGGAACUCUACCAUAAAUAUACAUGUAGAUGUUUUACGUUUAAUAGGGAAAAUUGGACCAGUGUGUUACUUUCUAGGGUUUAAAAAGAAGUUAAUGUGGUCAUGUACAACUAAAAAACAUUUUUAACAUAAUUCAUACAAUGAGUGGAUAUUGGAUCACUGGAUAUAUAUUUUUUUACAUAGCCCUCUGUGCCGUUAUAAGAAAGGUAAAGAUUUCAAACAAGUCAACGUGAAAUGAUACUGUAGUCUAUGAACAUGGGCAGUAAAAACUCUUUGUGCACAUAUUGUACAAAUACUCUGAUGUAUGUGUGCUGCACUUGUACCCUAGCAGUGUCCAGUGACUUUAAGGCCCAUCUGACUGAAAUUUUAUGAAUGUCUUGAGUUUUGCCUUUUGUUCAGUUUAAAAUAUCAAUAUGUCAUUUCUAGGGUCCUGGGAUUUUUUUUCCAGUUUUUGUACUCAGCACAAAAGGAAGUUUCAUUGGGUGCGUCUGAGCCUUAAAUCGAAAUUUACUCUAAAAAGCAUAUAUCUGCUUCUCAGAACUUUUGAAGUAGUGAUAUCUGUUGUUUGAGGUUUAUGAUUUGCUUUUCACAAUUUCGACCAAGUUCUAUCUGACAAACUAGAGCAUCGUUGCUGUGUCACUUUCCAACAUGCUUUGCAUUGUAAGAAUUUUCCACAAGGGAUGUUUGUGAAUUAAGUGCACUAAAUUAACGAAAGAAAGAUAAAAACCGUGUCCUGAACCAAACAAUGCAACACGAACUGCCAAAUUUAACCCCA